AUGGGGAAAGGGCUAUAUGAGGAUUGUGGGAAUAUACCUAGCUUUACUUGCUUAGAAUAUCUAGAGCCUGUCUUGGUAGUGGGAACUAUUGAAGGUUCGGUAAAGGUCCUCAAAUGUCUUCUUAACCUCAUGAUAAUCAUGAAGCUCAACGAACGGCACGACCCGAUUCUUAGCAAGGAGGAUGCCAUGGAUCCACCAGGCAUUGUCGAACACCCGCACUGGUUGUCGAACCUGCAAGUUAGUCAGCCACUUUCAACCGGAUCAUCAGGUCGACUGACAAACCUCCAGGGAGAGAAGGGUAAAAUAUGUCUCCGCUCAAACCGGCAUUGCGCCGGUUACGCAGACGUCACAGAAUUGAACAAGAAGCCUCAAUCUUUUAAAAUCACAUACUAUGUACCACAUCUUCCGUCUGUCUAUUGGAAGAAUGGAGUUUCGGAAGAUUUCGAACAGGAGCAUGCACUUUAUUGCUUUUAUGUCUGGACCACGCAAUGUUUUCCAUCAGAUCUUACGGGACCGUUUCGACGGCAGGAUAUUCUUCACGAGCCAGCGACGAGACACGCUAUGAUAGCUAUGGGUAUUUUACAUGAGAUAUAUCGAUACAAAAUAACCGGUCCGCCUGCGACGCAGCAACGAAUCGUUGCUAUGCAGCACUACGGGAAAGCUAUCCGAAGUCUUUUAGCACGACAGAAUUCCGAUACCUGCUCAACAGACAAAAACAAAAAGACAAUGUCAAUUUCAUUAUUGGCAUGUUUAUUGUUUGUUGGCUUGGAGAUAUCGCAGGGCCAUCAUGAGUCGGCUCUAAGGCAUUUGCAGUCUGGAUUUGCUUUGUUCCAGGGGGUAUUGAGGGACGAGCGAGAGAGUCUGGUGAAGGAACUAUGUGUGUCUGAGAGUGUACUGCGGUCGCUUUUUGUUCGAUAUAUGUGUCAGAUUACACAUUUUGAUUUGCCUGAUUGUGCACGAUUUUUGAGUUUGUUUGCAGGGUCUGAAAAAGGUUCAGCUGGCUUCUCAGACCUAGACCAGGCUAGAGAAAAUUUCCUUGAUGUUUUGGAUAAGAUUCUCUCAAAACGUCAAACCCAAGGUCUCAGAAAGGAAGCGGGUCGAAAUGAAGAUCUUCUUGAGAUUGAUCGCUGGAUAUUCUCAUUCAAUCUUUACCUCAGCCACGGUAUCCAUACGACGCAAGUUUGUGAUUUCUUCAUACUGGCAACGUGUGCUUUUUCCCUCAAAUUUCGCCUUCUCAUGGAUUCGCGGGGUGCACAAGAAUCCGGGACUACAGAAAUAGACUUGACACAUAUAGCGAAGAUCGGGGAUGCGCUUGUCAAAUCUUCGCCGGACCCUACGAAUUGCUCUACGUGUCCGUUGCAUCGAUUUUUCGAUAAUACCAAGGACAAUACAACAUCAGGAAGUGGUUUCUUCCCCAUUCUCGGUCCGUUCUGCUCUAUAUUUGUAUCGUCGACGUACAGUCAGAACGAUUCUAUUCGCCGGAAAGCAUAUGAUGUUGUGUCAACGAUCUGCAGUUGUGGCAAAGGCUGGGAUAUGGGUCUUACUGUCUACAUUGCUACUCUGUUCGGUCCUAGCGAUAAGCAGGGCUCAAGGUCUAGUCGUUCAGUUCCUCAUUAUCCAGGUUUUCUGUCCGAGGGUGGUCGAAGACUAUUGACAGCGUUACAUUCGUUCAACUUUUGA